GACCCGGACAUUGUUAUAUUGAAUCUCAGCGCCAUAUUGCGGCGUUUAAGAUAGUGUGGACGAGCUGCUGUUUCCAAAGCAGGAGAGAGGCUUACACUAUAUAAACCUUAUUUACAUCUGUAGCUAAAAUAAGAAAAUGUCCAGGCGGAGGCACAGUGAUGAGAAUGAUGGAGGACAGCCUCACAAAAGAAGGAGGACAUCAGAACCCAUUGAAAUUGAAGACCGAUUGGAAUCCUUGAUAUGCAGAGUUGGGGAAAAGAGUACUUCAUCUUUGGAAAGCAAUUUAGAAGGCCUGGCUGGGGUUUUGGAGGCUGACCUUCCGAAUUACAAGAAUAAAAUCCUCCGGAUCCUCUGUACUGUGGCCCGGCUAUUACCAGAGAAGCUCACUGUGUAUUCAACGUUGGUGGGGCUGCUGAAUGCUAGGAACUAUAACUUCGGAGGGGAGUUUGUGGAAUCCAUGAUUCGACAGCUGAAAGAGACCUUGAAAUCAAACUUGUAUGAUGAAGCUUUGUAUCUUGUUCGCUUCCUAAGCGAUCUGGUUAAUUGUCAUGUGAUUGCUGCUCCAUCAAUGGUGGCGAUGUUUGAAAACUUUAUCAGUGUUGUUCAAGAGCAGGAUGGACCCCAGGUGCGCUGUGACUGGUAUGUGUAUGCAGUGCUGUCCUCUCUGCCCUGGGUGGGGAAGGAGCUCUACGAGAAGAAGGACGUAGAAAUGGAACGGAUUCUAAACCAGAUUGAAAGUUAUCUGAAGAGGCGGCAAAAGAUACAUGUGCCAAUGUUGCAGGUCUGGACUGCUGAAAAACCACAUCCACAGGAGGAGUACCUGGACUGCCUGUUUGCGCAGGUACAGAAGAUGAAAAAGGAUCGCUGGCAGGAGAGGCACAUCCUUAGACCAUACAUCGCCUUCGACAGUGUUCUGUGUGAGGCGCUGCAGCACAACCUGCCCCCGUUUACUCCACCUCCCCACUCCGAGGACGCUGUCUAUCCAAUGCCCAAGGUCAUCUUCAGGAUGUUUGACUAUACAGAUGCGCCAGAGGGCCCUGUCAUGCCUGGCAGCCACUCGGUCGAGAGGUUUGUAAUAGAGGAGAACCUUCAUUGCAUCAUCAAGUCCCACUGGAGGGAAAGGAAAACCUGUGCUGCUCAGCUGCUUAGCUACCCUGGAAAAAACAAGAUUCCACUCAACUACCACAUCGUGGAGGUGAUUUUUGGAGAACUGUUCCAGCUGCCACAGCCUCCGCACAUCGAUGUCAUGUACACCACGCUGCUGAUUGAGCUCUGCAAGCUGCAGCCUGGCUCUUUGCCACAAGUCCUCGCCCAAGCUACAGAGAUGAUGUAUAUGCGUCUGGAUACAAUGAACACAACUUGUAUAGAUAGGUUUCUCAACUGGUUUUCUCAUCAUUUAAGCAACUUCCAAUUUCGAUGGAGUUGGGAUGACUGGUCUGACUGCUUGACACAGGACCUUGAUAAGCCCAAACCAAAGUUUGUGAAAGAGGUGUUGGAGAAAUCCAUGAGGCUUUCUUAUCAUCAAAGGAUUGUGGACAUUGUACCGGCUAACUUCUCAGCAUUGAUACCAGCAAACCCCAUUUUCGUAUAUAAAUAUAUGGAUGAAAGUAGCAGUUCCCUGCCAGGCUACCCUGUCACGAUCGCAAUCAGCAAUGCAAUUAUAAACAGAUCCUCGAACGACGAGAUCCUGACAAUCCUGAAAGAUGUUCCCAACCCCAACCAGGAGGAUGAUGAUGAUGAAGGCGACAGUUUCAAUCCUCUGAAGAUUGAUGUGUUCCUGCAGACGCUGCUUCACAUGGCUGCAAAGUCUUUUAGCCACUCCUUCAGUGCUCUGGCCAAAUUUCAUGAGGUGCUGAAAAGCUUGACUGACAGCGAUGAAGGCAAGCUGCACAUCCUUAGGGUGGUGUAUGAAGCCUGGAGAAAUCAUCCUCAGAUGAUAUCUGUAUUGAUUGACAAGAUGAUCAGAACUCAGAUUGUUGACUGUGCAGCGGUGGCAAACUGGAUCUUCUCUCCAGACAUGGCCCACGAUUUCACCAGGUUUUAUGUUUGGGAAAUCCUGCACUCCACUGUUCGUAAAAUGAACAAACAUGUGCAGAAGAUACAGAAAGAGCUGGAGACUGCCAAGGAGAAACUGGAAAAACAGCACAGCAGAAAGAAGGACAGUGGUGACGAAGAAGAGGACAAGAACAGCGAUGAAGAGGACGGGCUGUUGGAAGAACAAAUUGAACGUCUGCAGGAGAAAGUGGAGUCUGCUCAGAGUGAACAGAAAAACCUUUUCCUGGUCAUCUUCCAGCGCUUUAUCAUGAUGCUCACAGAGCACUUGGUGCGUUGUGAAACCGGAGGGGUUGACUUCAACACACCCUGGUACAAGAACUGCAUUGAGAGGCUGCAGCAGAUCUUCCUAAUGCAUCACCAGACUAUCCAGCAGUACAUGGUCACAUUGGAGAACCUGCUGUUUACAGCUGAGCUUGACCACCACAUCCUGGCUGUUUACCAGCAGUUCUGCGCUCUGCAGAUGUAAAGACCAUUUUCACGAUGACAGGAGCCUGGAGAUUGAAGGGUGUCUUGUGUGAACAGAGACUUGGCAUUUCUUGCAUCAAGAUUCCCAUUUGAGAGGAGCCUUUUAUUUUACUUUUUUUAUUUCCCCCCAUUUCAGGGUCACUUGUCAUUUGCAGACCUCUUUUCUAAUAUUUGUUUUGUUUUAAAGAAGAAAUUAAAUGGCUGGCAUAAAACAUUUAAAUGAGCAAGGCUAUGCUUAGAAGGAACAAUGUGGACAUUUCAUAUAUUUUUUUUUUGGGGGGGGGGGGGCUUGAUUCUCUACCAUUUUUUUUUUUGAUGGUGAAACACUUCCAAGAACUCAUCUAUUAAUGUUUGUUAGACUCCCAUAGUUUUAACUUUUGAACUUAUUCAACUACAAGAAGCUAAUUAUUGUCUUAAGUGAGUUCAAAAAUAUGUGUUUGCUAUGAAGUUGGAUAUGUUGAUGCUAAAAAGAAAAUCUAGCCAAACUGGAAGGAAUCCAGAACAACCAACUAAUAUUUUAAUAAACAAUACACUGUACAAUCUGAAGAA